AUGGCCUCGGUCUCUUCAACCCCACCGUAUAAAGUCUACAAACGACGCUUUUGGGGUUUGGCACAACUGGUUCUACUCAAUAUCGUCGUCAGUUGGGAUUGGUUAACCUUCUCUUCCAUCUCCACCACCGCCGCCGAAUACUUUCAAGUCUCCGAGAGCGCCAUCAAUUGGCUCAGUACUGGCUAUCUCUUCGCUUUUUGUGUCGCCAGUCCAUUCGUCAUUUGGGUCUUGAACAAAGGCGGACCCAAACCAGCCAUAGUUAUCACUGCCUCACUCUUGCUCGUCGGAAACUGGCUGCGCUAUGCAGGCACCAAGGCAAAUGGGGGCAUGUUUGGCCUGGCCAUGUUCGCCCAGAUCCUGAUUGGCCUAGCCCAGCCCUUCUGUUUAUGCGCGCCCACUCGAUACAGCGAUCUAUGGUUUUCGGACAAAGGUCGCACGAGCGCAACUGCUGUCGCAAGUCUUGCCAAUCCGUUAGGCGCUGCAAUAGGCCAAUUGGUCGGUUCUGAAUGGGCUACCAAACCAUCUGAUAUCCCCAAUAUGGUCCUAUACAUCUCCAUCAUUUCGAGUAUUGCUGCCAUCCCAUCCUUUUUCAUCCCUGCUGCACCCCCGACUCCCCCAAGCGCCUCGUCCGCCAUCCCGCGCACCCCAUUGCGACUCGCAACUCGCCAACUCCUCGGAACCCUAGAAUUCUGGCUCAUUCUAGUCGCAUUUUCCGUCUACGUGGGUUUCUUCAACAGCGUCUCGUCACUAUUAAACCAAAUCCUCAGUCCAUACGGCGCCUCCGAGACAGACGCCGGUAUCGCAGGCGCCAUUCUAAUCGUAGUCGGUCUCGUCACCGCAGCCAUCAUGUCGCCCAUCACAGACAAAUACAAGCACUACCUCGGCUCAAUCCGAGUUCUCAUUCCCAUCGUGGUAGCCUCUUACAUCGGGCUGAUCUUCGCACCGUCCAGUUCGGCCGGGAUUGCGCCCUCGUACGUCGUGAUGGCGUUGAUGGGCGCUUCCUCCUUCGCUUUACUGCCCAUUGUGCUGGAGUAUCUGGUUGAGAUCACAUACCCGUUCUCGCCGGAAAUUGGGUCCACGAUUUGCUGGACCGGGGGCCAGUUAUUCGGUGCGUGCUUUAUUCUCAUCCAGGAUGCGCUCAAGGCGGGUGGCAAUGCGAGCCCGCCGUUCAAUAUGCGCAAUGCGUUGAUCUUUGCUGCGGUUGUUUGUGCGGUUGCUGCGCCGUUUCCGCUUGCCAUUGGUCUCUUUGGUCGUGUUGUGACUCGUAGGAGGCUGGAGAUUGAUCGUGGGGUAGAGUUGUCGGCUGCUGGUGCUGGGUUGCAGGUUAACUCUAAUGAUGGCCCCGAGGAGGAGUUUGCUCCGGAUAAGGCUUCGGCGGCUUUUCGAGAAUCUGCGCUGAAAAAUGCCUGA